UCCACACACGUUAGUCUGAUCCAAUCUUGCCUUGGGAGGUUAGACUGGAAACGCGUGCUAAUCUCGCCGUUGCGGAAGAGCUUUUUUGUGUUAUUUUGAUGAAGAGUUGGCCACUGGGAGUAUAAUACAUUUACAGAAUGAUAUUUACGCACAUUUUCCGUUAUUUGGAUGAUAGAGAUGCCGAAGAGAUGAAGAAAAACAACGGUGAAAACUUCAGACCACCAGCCGAGGAUUACCGGUUUCAUGUGUCCUCAACUGAGCAUCGUGAUGCGAAAUUUGGACAGAUUUCUUGGAAAGCAACUCCAGGUCUAACUGUAGUUUCCGGAUCUCAUCAAACGGGCGCAAGAGUAAGUAAAACAUCAUCCAGCGCUCCACUGGCCCAAGGAUUUUGUUCGUUGCGAGGGGAAACGCUCGGCUCAACAUCAACAAAGAAGCAAGUUUUACCCCCAAUUAGAAAAUUACAAAGUUCAGAGUUGGGUGGAAAAGAGUACACACAAAAUGAAAAUUAUUUCGCAAAGCUGCCACCAAUUGAACCUCUCGAUGAAAAGACACAAGCGUUCCCGAAAAAAUCAAGAGGAUGCUCGGGAAAAGGGAAGGAGUCGAUUUGGAAUAAUACCUCAGUAAAUACGCGACCGCCUCAGAAAGAUCAAAUGUGUUUGGGGACGAACCGUGCGGAGCCUUUAAACACUGUCGGCCAAGUUAAGGAGGAGAAUAAUCCCAGGAUAGAAAACGUGACGACUAAUCUGACCCCAGAAUCAUCGGCUGACAACUGGAAUGAAAAACACCGGCUCACAAUGCAAACAGUUGACGAUAUGUCGUUAACCAUAGCCGGUACAAAGACUUCUUCCUACCGAACUGCUAAAAUGAAGCUGGACAGUGAAACUUUUAAAGUCCGGUCAUCAAAAACUGAUGAGAUUAAGGCCGAUGAAAGGAGCGAGUACAAAAUUCGGCGAAUUCAGACGCGACUUAAGAGUUUCUCGGACGGCGAAGAAUCGCCUGGAAUUGAGAGGCACCAAACCUGGGGUGAAAAUGUGAAAACGAAGACGACAGGAAAUUUAUAUACAAACUUGGGUUUAAUUGACCCUAAAGCUGGCUUUCUACGACACUUUGCGAAACAAAAAACUGGACCUGUAAAGUCCCGAUGUUACAGUACGCCUUGCGUGCAAGCAGAGGAAGUUGUGCGUUUUAAAACUCGCGGAGGAUCAACCACUUCCGUGGUGAGAGGAGAAGGAAAGACAAAACAUCAGGUACAGUUAGUUGCUUGCGUCAAAGGAAGACGAAACGCUAUCUGCGAAGUCAUUGAGCGGAGCAUAGUGCCUGAAUUCGGCUCGAGUUUAUACGAAAUGAGGAAAAGUUUAAUUAGUAUAAGGUGAAGAGUGAAGACAGCAUGCAACCAAGAAAAGAUCAAACAGCGUCAAUCGACUAAGGGCCAGGUGAUUUUAUUUUUUUUGCCUCCCUCAAGUUUCCGUAAGAUGUAUUUCAUUAACGGCAUCACACCGUGUGAAUAUCAUUUGGAACUGAAAAAACACCGCCAAUACCUGGAAAUAGUCCCUGCGCCAAAGGGAAAUUUCUCUUUAUUAGGCGUUAUGUAGCCUUCGGCAAAACACAAAGUUAAUUUUAUGUUCAAUAGUGUUAGAAGUGUGCUUUCUCGACGUCGGUUAAAAGGCAAGGGAACUUUACCAAGGGUUCCGACAUGAAAAUAUCAUAAAGAAAACUAAAUAAACAAAAUGGACACAUUCAUUUGUAUUUUCGGAAACUAAAAAGACUUUUGUGAAUAUUUAGCGAUUUAAAAAUAGGAGUUACCUAAGAUGACAAUCUAUUGAUAAAAGUGAAUAACUAAGUAGAAUUUUAAUUUAACUCGUAGAAUAAAUUGUCGUAACUCUUA